AUGACAACAAUGGAAGGGGCCAGCGGGUCGAGUUUUGGAAUAGACACGAUUUUGUCCAGUGCCAGUUCGGGCAGCCCCGGCAUGAUGAAUGGAGAUUUCCGCCCGCUCGGCGAGGCCAGGACCGCGGAUUUUAGGAGUCAGGCCACUCCGUCCCCCUGUUCGGAGAUUGAUACCGUAGGAACGGCGCCUUCCUCUCCCAUCUCGGUCACCAUGGAGCCCCCGGAACCGCAUCUGAUUGCGGACGGGCCCCAGCAUCACCACCACCUGCACCACAGCCAGCAGCCGCCGCCAGCCGCGGCCCCCACGCAAAGUUUGCAGCCUUCGCCCCAGCAGCAGCAGCAGCCGCCGCCGCCGCCAGCGGCCCAGCAGCUGGGCUCGGCCGCCUCGGCCCCCAGGACUUCCACCUCUUCUUUUUUAAUUAAGGACAUCUUGGGCGACAGCAAACCUCUGGCGGCGUGUGCACCGUACAGCACCAGCGUCUCCUCUCCCCACCACACACCGAAGCAGGAGAGCAAUGCAGCACACGAGAGCUUCAGGCCAAAGCUCGAGCAGGAGGACAGCAAAACCAAACUGGACAAGCGGGAAGAGUCCCAGAGCGACAUCAAAUGCCACGGAACAAAGGAGGAAGGAGACCGGGAGAUUUCAAGUAGCCGAGAGAGUCCCCCUGUGAGAGCCAAAAAGCCUCGUAAAGCCAGGACGGCUUUCUCCGACCACCAACUCAAUCAACUGGAGCGUAGCUUUGAACGGCAGAAGUACCUGAGUGUGCAAGAUCGCAUGGACCUGGCGGCUGCGCUCAACCUCACUGAUACCCAGGUCAAGACCUGGUACCAGAACCGCAGGACCAAGUGGAAGCGGCAGACCGCGGUGGGCCUGGAGCUGCUGGCUGAGGCGGGGAAUUACUCGGCACUGCAGAGGAUGUUUCCAUCGCCUUAUUUCUACCACCCAAGCCUGCUGGGCAGCAUGGAUAGCACUACGGCUGCGGCGGCCGCCGCCGCCAUGUACAGCAGCAUGUACCGGACUCCUCCCGCGCCCCAUCCCCAGCUGCAGCGGCCCCUGGUGCCCCGAGUGCUCAUCCACGGCCUGGGGCCCGGGGGACAGCCGGCCCUCAAUCCCUUGUCCAACCCCAUCCCAGGUACCCCGCACCCCCGGUGA